AUAAGAAUUUCUUAACCGUAUUUUAUUUUCUCUUGUAUAGUAGGUUUUUAGAUUUUUAAAUACAAGAAGAUUUUUUGUUUAUUUUUGGUUCUAUUUCAUUUAUUUUCAAUUUCAUUAUUAUUUUUUUUUCUGAUUCUUUUCAAAAAGAAAAAAAUUUAUAAUAUUUUUUUGAAAUCAUAAUUUUUUUUUGUGGGUGGGUUGGAUAACCGAGAAAAUUUUAUUCAAUUACAAAAUUUCAUUGUUUAAAUUGAAAAAAUUAAAAUAAACAAAAAGUGCAAAAUGAUCAUUUAAUAUUUUUGUUUUUAAUCUCAAAAAUUAAAAUUGUAUAUUUGCUAAAAAUAAAAAUUUGUGUUCCUUAAAAAAAAAAAAUAAUUAAAAAAUCAUGAAAUUCCAAGAAAAAUAAAGAAAUAUUGCAAGAGAAGAGGAGUCUUUUAAAAAUCCUUAAUUAAAUCAUAAAUUAAAAAAAAUUUGUUAUUUAAAAAACAAAAUUAUUAUUUAAUUUUCUAAUUAUAUAAUUUAAUUAUAAUGAUAAGAGAAUAAUGAAUUACGAUAGUAAAUAUGCUUGGAUUUAUUUUUUAUUAUCAGCAUUCGUUACUUUUUUAAUAUUAUUACUGUUAUUUUUAACAAUGCAAGUCGUUGUGUACGAUCAAAGGAAAAUAAUAUUAAAAGAUGCCCAAGAAUUACUACAAUUUAUAAAGCCAAAAACACAAUUUAUAACUAAUUAUUACGGUCAUCAAUGGAAUUAUAUUGGUGAUGCAAAAUAUGGACAUCAAAUUUAUUCAGCAUAUUUUGAUCCUAGAACAGAACUUUAUAAUAAUAAAGACUAUAAUGAAGAAUUUAAUUACUAUGGAGCUAUAAGAAUAAUGGCAUUUUUACCAAUAAAACUGAGGAAUGGAUUAACUUGUAUUAUAAAGUCGGAAAGCAAUAAUACUUACGAAAUAAAAGCAAGUGAAAUUCGACGUUUUCACAAAUAUGAAGAUAUUGAAGGAGAUUUUGCAUUUUAUAUGAUUAUGUGCCCACUUUUUAUUAAUGCCAAAGCAACUAUUGUUAAAUUACCAGCUUAUGUUGCUCUUACAUACAUGGAAAAUCCUUCAUCAGUCACUUCGCCAACUUUUAUAUUAAUUAAUUUCUCAAAAAAUCGAAUAUUAGAUAAACCACGGGAUUCACUAGCUAUUUGUGUUGGUAGUACAGGAUUAAAUCAUAAUUAUACAAAUACAUUAAAUUUUAUUGAAUUUAUUGAACUUUAUAAAUUACUUGGAGCUGAAAAAUUCUAUUUUUAUCAUUUUAAUGCAUCACAUAAUAUGAUACAAGCAUUAAAUUAUUAUUUACGUGAAGGUGUUAUUAAAAUAAAUAAUUGGAAUUUUAAUAUUGAACAAUACGAACCAAAAACAAUUCAUAUAACAAAUAUUGCUGCCCAAAAUUUUGAUUGCAUUUAUCGUACAUAUUUAGAUGGUUUCAAAUAUACAGCAAUUGUUGAUAUUGACGAAAUAAUAAUACCAUUCGAAUAUAAUAAUUUAACUGAUUUUAUAAAUGCAAAAGAUGAAGGACGUAGUAGUGCCUUUAUAUUCCGUAAGGUUUUAUUUUAUAAAAAACGUCCAAGUGAUUAUUUUAAUGUGCCACCAAAUAUUAAAAAUAAAAAUUUAUUAACACAAAUUAAAAUACAAAAAACUGAAACACCAUUACCACAAGGUAAAAAUUCAAAAUAUAUUGCCAAAGGUGAUGCAUUAAUUGAAGCUGGUAUUAACGGUAUUUGGAAAUCAACAGAAGGUCAUACAGAAACACAUGUUAAAUCUGAUGAAGCAUUAAUAUUUAAUUAUAGAACAUCAUGUAUUGGAAAUACUUGUGGUGCUAAUACAGUAACAGAUUUUACACUUCGACGUUUCGGAUCUUUAAUAUGGUACAAUGUAGAAAAUAUUUGUAAAAUUAUAUUUUUGAAUGGAAUUUGUGCUCUUUAGAGCCUAUAUUUAUAUACAUAUAUUUUUACACUGAAUCUUUAUAUUUAUAUAUAAAAUUGUAAAUUUAAAUGUAAUUUAAUAAUUCUAUGCAUAAUUAGGUGUGUCUGUAUAUUAAGUGUCUAUGAAAAUACGUGGAACUUUUUAUUUUGUUAAAGAAAUGCUUAACUGUUACCAUAAAUGUUUGUAUAUUUAUUUAUUUGAAAAUAAAGGAUACGCUUAUUGUUUA